UGCUGGUGUUUGUGCAACGGCUGGCUUUCUCAACUUGCUCUCGCUUGACUACCACUGCUGCAAGCAUUGUUUGGGAGGAAAGUAAAGUGGACAGCUUGAUCCUGUGUGUGGGAUGCAUCACCAUAGGCAGGUGAAGGUUGGGCUGUGAGAGAGUGAAGACGGGGAGGAGGAAAGGGAAGAGAGAAGUGGGCCAGAGCGAGCAGCCCCUAAACAGCCAGGAUGGGAGAAAAGAAAGUGAGUCUCCCUGCUAAGCUGAUUAAUGGGGGCGUGGCAGGACUGGUUGGUGUGACAUGUGUGUUUCCUAUUGACCUGGCAAAGACUCGCCUUCAGAACCAACAGGGCAUCCAAGUCUAUAAAGGAAUGUUUGACUGUCUGGCCAAGACGGUGCGAUCAGAGGGGUAUUUUGGAUGCUACAGAGGUGCAGCAGUGAACCUCACACUAGUCACACCAGAAAAAGCAAUCAAACUGGCAGCCAAUGAUGUCUUUAGACAAAAGCUCUCUAAAGAUGGGCAUUUGCCCCUGUGGGGUGAGGUCCUGGCUGGAUGUGGGGCUGGGACUUGUCAGGUGGUGGUCACAACUCCCAUGGAGAUGCUUAAAAUUCAGCUGCAAGACGCAGGAAGGCUUGCUUCACGGCGACCUAUGCCUACUUCAGCUCAGGCUGCAGCCCCCGAUCCUGCUGCAUCAUUUGUAGCCCAACCAACUCGUCCUCAGCGGCCCUCAGCUACUGGCAUCACUGUGGAGCUUCUGAAGACUCGUGGCUUGGCUGGUCUCUACAAGGGGGCAGGAGCCACCUUAAUGAGGGAUGUCCCUUUCUCAAUGAUCUACUUCCCUCUGUUUGCCAACCUUAACGCACUGGGCCGAGAGAGUACAGGCAGCCCUGCCGAUGUGCAGGCCCAAGCACCAUUCUGGCAGUCCUUCGUGGCUGGUUGCUCCGCUGGAUCUGUGGCAGCUGUGGCUGUUACACCGCUGGAUGUAAUCAAGACCCGUCUUCAGACGUUGCAGAAAGGUGAAGGGGAGGACACAUACAGAGGGAUUUUUGACUGCACAAGGCGCAUCAUGAGGCGAGAGGGCCCGUCGGCCUUCCUGAAGGGCGCAACAUGUCGUGCUUUAGUAAUCGCUCCUCUUUUUGGUAUUGCGCAGGUUGUUUACUUUCUUGGGGUAGGGGAGGCGGUUCUGGGUUUGUUAGGAUAGCGGUGACUGGUGUUUGUGGCGGUUGUGUAGUUUCUGUAAAACUGCCAUGCUGCACAGAAUGAAUGACACAAUCAGGAGAGACGACAGAGAAACACAGCUACUCUCCACUAACC